AUGGCGACUGACAACCUGCCCCGCAACCUGCCGCGUCAACUGGUCCUGUUGUGCGACGGCACCAACAACAACCUGAGCGGCCGGCAUUCAGACACGCACGUCGUGCUGAUGGCCGAGCUGUUGCGGCUGUUCCCCGACGCUCAGCGGCUCGUCUACUACGACCCCGGCGUGGGCAACCCCGAGCAGCUGCCCGGCACCACCGUGAUGGACAAGGUCCACCGCGCGCUGGACCGCAUCGACGGCCUGGCCUUCGGCCGCGGGCUGUAUGACAACGUCGCCGAGGGCUACCGCUUCCUGAUGGUCGCACUGGGCGGCCGGGCGACGAGAUCUACAUCUUCGGCUUCUCGCGCGGUGCGUUCACGGCGCGCUCCAUCGCCGGUCUUGUGA